UUUCAAAAAUUUCGUCCACCAAAAACAUACCCAAUAUUUAGGUUUCUAGUCCAAAAACAUACCCAAUAUUUAGGUUUCUAGUCUAUAGUGUGUGAUCCCUUUCUUAGAAAAAACACCAAAAAGAUGACAAAAGAAAUCAUGUGAAGAAAAGAAUGAGAUAUGACCAAAAGGUUCAAGGAACCAUCCAGCCUAACAUUUUAUGUCAUACAUUUACACACACAAUCACUCCAAAAUAAAAUCCAAAUCUUCAACUUCUCUUCCUCUCAAUCAAUCCAUCUUCUUCUCCUCAAACCAUUUGAUUUCCACUCAAAAUCCUUAAUUGAAUGUCAAAUUUCAACCUAGGAAAAAAGCUUAUUCUACCAACUAAAAAAACAUGGAAAAGCUUCACCAACAAAUUACAAUCAAAGUUACACAAACUCAAACUUUCAAAAGCUAUCAAAAGUUCCAAAAACCUUUGCAUUAGAGCUUACAACUACGUUUCUCCUAUUAUUACUCGAAAAUUCUACUCGUUUAUCCAUCGUUCUUCAUCACCACCACCACGUACUCAUCGCAAAUUUUACAAUAAUUACUACCAAUAUCAACAAUGUCAUAAAAAUACUUCACCUAUAUAUGUGGACCAUCUCUUCCCCGAACCUAUACUGAAAAAACCAGCAUGUCAAAAUAAGAUAUCCGCACCUCAGACUGAAGAAUUUGCCACUUCAAGUAGUGGUGGUGCUAUUAAAUGUAAAAACAAAUUGGAUCAAGAGGAGCAAGAGAUUAUUAUGAAGGGUAUUGAGGUAAAUAAUGCAUUGAAAAAAGGUAAGACAAUUAUUGAGAGUAGUGGAAUUAAUAAUUAUAGAACAUGUAAUAAUAUUAAUAAUAUUAUUGAUGAAUGGAGAACUCCUUCAAUGCCACAUAUAAAUGGAGUGGAUAAAAGAGCUGAAGAAUUUAUAUCUAAGGUUCGUGAAGAUAUGGAGCUUGAAAGACAAAAAUCAAUUCUUGAUUUUCAAGAAAUGUUGGCUAGAGGUGUUUAAAAAUAUGAGUAAUUUUUUUGGUCCAAAUUAUUAUUGGAAUAUUUCAAAAAUAGGUUUUGAUUCUUUGUUCAAUUCCUUAUUUCCCUAUUAUUAAGGGGGGAAAAGAAAUUGAAUUGAUUUUCUCUUUCUUUUUUUUUUUACGUCACAUAUAUGGAGGAUCAAUAGUUUUCUUAUUUAUUCUUCAACAUGACUUUGAAGCCUGAUGAUGAAGGUGUUUAAUCACUUUAGCAAGUCGAACUUGUUAAUUGAUUUUCUCUUUGAUUUGGUGUGAUAGAGUAAAUAAAGUGUGGAUAAGAAAUUUAAGUUGUGUGUUAUUGUUUUUUAUGUUAUAUUUUUAAUUUCAAAGAAUUGUAUUGUAGUAGACAUUGAUUAUUUU